GGAUUUUGUCCAGAGCCGCGACGGUGGGUAGCGGCGCCCCGGGCGGCCGCGCAACCCUGGCUGAGUUGGCGGAGUGGAAUUUAAAGUUCCUAGGCCUGGGUUUCCGCUCCCGGGGCCCGUCCACGACAAGCUCGGGGCAUCUUCCCCAAAUCCGGGCGAUUCAUCUGUGGCGCGGGAAGGUCGAGACAUUUUCCCUUCCAAGGCGUCCGGGAAGAGACGGCAGGAGUGAGGGGUGCUAAAGUAUAGCGGUUACUGUCGCCACAAGUCCCUGCCUUGGUGAGGGGCAGGCGCGCCCCUUGCAUGCGGCUGGGACCCGCGAAGGGCAAAAGGGACAUCACCCUGUUGCCAGUUUGCACGUUAAUUCACUCUUCCUCUGCCUCUUGGAAAUUACAUUUGAAUUCUCGGACCCCUCUUUCCCUAUCAGCUAGUGUUUGUGCAGAAUGUCAUCUGAUGAGGAGAAAUACUCACUUCCCGUUGUGCAGAAUGACUCCCAUCGAGGCAGUUCUGUCUCUUCAGAUCUUCAGGAAAUUAAAUUUAUUUUUCAGACAAACAUCAUAUCUGAACUAAGUAAAUGGAGACUUAAUUUUAUUGAUUGGCACCGAAUGGAAAUGAAAAAAGAGAAAGAAAGACAUGCAGCACAUUUAAAACAACUGUGCGACCAGAUCAAUGACUUGAAGGAGCUGCAAAAAACCUUUGAAAUCUCCAUAGGAAGAAAAGAUGAGGUGAUUUCUAGCUUGUCUCAUGCCAUAGGCAAGCAAAAGGAAAAGAUAGAGUUGAUGAGAACAUUCUUCCACUGGCGAAUUGGUCAUGUCAAAUCCAGACAGGACGUUUAUGAAGGUAAACUAGCUGACCAGUACUUCCACAGAACUUUACUGAAGAAAGUCUGGAAAGGCUGGCAUUCCAUCGUACAGAAGCAGUGGAAAGAUGUGGUGGAGCGAGCUUGUCAAGCAAGAGCUGAAGAAGUGUGUGUCCAGAUUUCCAAUGAUUAUGAAACCAAAGUUGCUAUGUUAUCUGGAGCUUUGGAAAAUGCCAAAGCUGAGAUUCAAAGAAUGCAACAUGAAAAAGAGCACUUUGAAGAUUCCAUGAAAAAAGCUUUCAUGAGGGGUGUGUGUGCAUUAAAUCUUGAAGCCAUGACUAUGUUUCAGAACAGAAAUGAUACAGGGAUGGACUUCACAAAUAAUAGAAAGGAAGAGUAUGGUUCUGGCAUUCAAGGAAAAGAACAUUCUGCUCAUUUGGAUCCUUCGGUCCCUCUGAUGCCAUCAGCAGUUACAUCACCGCUGCUGCCGUCCUCACCAGCAGUGGCGGUUGGAGCGGCCAGUGCGACUGCUGUUCCCUCUGCUGCUUCGAUGACUUCUGCUGGAGCUACUUCCACGUGUGUUCACGUUCCUGUUUCUGUUCUGGGUGCAGGAUCUGCAGCUACUACUGCACCAGAAGAAAUGUAUGUCCCAAGAGUUGUAACUUCUGCACAACAAAAAGCUGGAAGAACUAUUACAGCCCGGAUCACAGGAAGAUGUGAUUUUGCUUCAAAAAAUAGAAUUAGUAGCAGUUUAGCUAUAAUGGGAGUUUCUCCUCCCAUGAGUUCGGUUGUUGUGGAAAAACAUCACCCAAUCACAGUGCAAACUAUUCCUCAGGCAGCUGCAGCAAAAUAUCCCCGGACCAUUCAUCCUGAAAGUACCUCAGCUUCCAGAUCACUUGGAACCAGAUCAGCUCACCCCCAGUCUCUCUCAAGCGUUCAUUCCAUAAAAGUGGUUGACUAAAGUGAAUAUGUUCAUAGUGAGGUCUUUUAAUUCCACUGGUUUUACCAUGGGUAAAAAGUCUUUAGUGUUUAACUUUUCCAUAUUCUUAGAACAUCAUGGAUGUAUCAUGUUCAUCGUUUCAGAAUGACAAGAGACUUUUUCGAGCUGUACCAUCCUUUGUAACUAUAUGUAGAAAUUAUUUUAAUGUUAUUUUUUAUUUAAGCAAUUAAGUAAAUUUUUUUUAAAUUAAAAAAGAAACUGGAUUUUAUUUUGUUAAUAUGUUCAGCCUGUCACUAAUUACAUCAUCAAAGUAGGAGGGUACUUCAAAAAGUUCAUGGAAAAAGCUAAUUAAAAGAUCAUUCUAAUACUUUCAUGGACUUUUUGAAGAUCCCUUGUAUAUAAAUCCUGUUUUCUCUAUAUUAUUUCUAAAAGACUAAAUCAUUUCCGAUGUACAGAGCCAUAAUUUACACAAAACUUUGAGAGGGAACUUCAUUAAAAUACUUUUAAAUUAAAAAGAUAAAGACCAAGAGUAA